AUGCAAUUAUCGACCUUCCGCCCGGGAGGAUGGAUUCUCUUUACUAUCUUCAGUCUGGUUCAUGCCGAGCAGCUCAUCGAAGCCAACGGCCUGACGGCAUGUCACGGAGCCGAUAAUUCCGACAUCACAAUCAACCACAUGAGUGCGACCCUCACGCCAGGAAACAACUCUGUGAGCUUGGUCUUCGAUGGAUAUUCUGGAGUCGCUGGAGAUGUGGUCUUGGACGUGGAUCUCUUGGUGUACGGAUACAAAGCGCUCUCGCAGAGAAUUGACCCAUGCAGCCUCGACCUAAGUGUCUUUUGUCCGAUGAAAGCAAUCGAGUUACAAAUUCCGAAAUUCACCUACACCUUCGACAAUGGGGUGCUUGAUCAAAUUCCAGGUAUCGCCUACAGCGUCCCCGACAUCGAUGCAGUGGUCCGCAUCAACCUGAACCGAAAGUCGGGAGGGAGUGUCGCUUGUCUGGAAACUCGGGUGCACAAUGGAAAAACCGUUUUCCAAGCUGGUGUGUCAUGGACACUCGCCAUCAUGACUGGACUAGGCCUCGUCGCUUCCGCCGUAUUUUCUCUUCUCGGACACUCCAACACAGCAACCCAUCUUGCGUUCCGAUCGCUCGCUUUCCUCGGUUUCAUUCAGUCGACCGCAAUGGGAGGGUUACUCGCAGUCGAAAUUCCACCGAUGGCGCAAUCCUGGAUUCAGGAUACUCUGUGGAGCAUGGGCUUUGUCUCAGAAAGCUCACUGGAGACCAUCUCGACCUGGUUCCAGCGCGCGACGGGGGGUACACCUUCGUCCGUGCUUUCCGAGCAAGGCACUGUCUCGGUCGUUUUGCAGAAACGUGCAACCUCCCAGUCGCAAACCGUGCAAUCCGGUGCCCAAAUCGUCUUGCGCGGCAUCAAACGGGCUGGAGCACGAGCAAAUAUCACCUUGAGCAACAUCUUCAUGACCGGAUAUCUGUUUUACUACUUUGUAACCGCCCUCGUUCUCGCUUGUGUCGGAGUCGCUCUGGUCAUUCGUUUCGUGCUGUCCAAGAGAACGACCUCAAUCACGAAAAUAGACAAGGCUACCGGUGCCACCGAAGACUGGAAGACAGUCAUGCGAAACACCUUCUUCCGACUUGCAUGCAUUGGAUAUCCUCAGAUGUGCGUGCUCUGUCUCUGGGAACUAGUUGAAAAGGACUCCGCUGCGGAAAUCGUUCUAGCUAUUACCAUGUGGCUGGUGACGACCGCCGUUCUGGCCUUCGCUGCAUUCAAGAUCUUCCAACGCGCAAUUCGGUCCAAGCAGCAGCACAACACACCGGCCUACACUCUGUAUUCCGAUCCAGCCACGCUGAACAAGUGGGGAUUCCUCUACAUCUACUACCGUGCGCCGGUGUAUUGGUUCCUCGUCCCCACACUGGUCUACAUCAUCAUCAAGGGAAUGCUUGUCGCCUUCGGUCAGUCGAACGGACUUGCCCAAUCCAUCGUUCUCCUCAUCCUGGAACUCGCAAUGAUGCUCGCAAUCGGUAUCAUCAAGCCAUUCAUGACCAAGGGAGCAAACGUCUUCGCAAUCAUCGGCGCGGUGCUCAACUCCCUCAACGCAAUCUUCUUCCUGGUUUUCUCAAACGUCUUCAGCCAGCCCCCGCUGAUGACAGGUAUCCUCGGCGUGCUAUACUUCAUCUUCAACGCGGCCUUCACUCUGGCCCUUCUCAUUUACCUCUUGGUCGGCAUUGUCUUCGCUGUUAUCUCCAAGUCUCCCGAUUCCAAAUACCGGGCUCUGGCUGAUGACCGUGACUCCUUCCGCUGGUCUCGUACCGGAGGAACGACCGAGCUGGAUCAACUUGAGAAGGUCGCAAGAGGCGAUGAUACGGAGGCUCAUCCGAACUUCCCUGCUGCUCACACUGCUCCACCCAGUGAUGAGGAUGUCUCAAUGGCCGCACGGAGACCCUACAAUGAUGUUGUGGAUCCUUCGCUGCCACUCUUCCCCAGUGCUCAGAAUGGUGGUCGGCGCAGUUCUUAG